ACCCGACUAAGAUGAAGCUGCUGAUACACACGCAGUCAUACUGCCGCUGUUCUCCGUUACUGUCGCAUGAAUUCAGUAACACUUCUCACUCGUCGCCAACAAGGGUCCGUUUGUCAUAACGAUAUGAGCGAAAUCAAAGAAAAUGGUGUCGAGGCAACCUCCAAGAACAGCAGCAAAGAGGAAGACCCUAAAGUGCGAUUUAAACGACUCUACAAGAAAGCCAUGGAAAUGGGAGUUUCGGAAGAAGAUUUUAAUAAAAUCAAUGCCAUUAAGGAGAUAAAAGAAGCAGUUAAAACAGAGAAAUAUGGAUGGGUCUCAAAACUUAGGAGUGUUUGCUUGAAAUUCUUCAUCUUGCUUCUUUUGGUUACGUCAUCAGUUAUUGCAAUUUUCGUCUUCCAGUGGCCUGUUCAAAAUACGACCUUGGUCAGACUGUGGUUCUUAUUUUCUGGCAGUGAAGCGGGGUCUGAGCGCGUAGAAGUCUGUGCCGUUGACGCCGUCGAUUACGUGGCCGAAGUGUUCAGACCCCCUACGUCAUGUGACUUUUGCCGCAACGUUACAUUGGUUGAAAAGUUAGAACACGUGAGCCCGGAACAUUUUGAAAAAGUUUACGCUUACUCUUCUGUGCCGGUCGUGAUCACAGACGGUACAAGAAAUUGGACAGCGUCCAAAGUUUUCUCUUAUGAAUUCUUCAAAACGUUGUAUUCAAAAGGAAGUCCUGCUUUGCAGAAUGUGGAGGAAAAUUGCCAGUUUUUCCCGUAUAAAACGAACUUCUCCAGUUUGGAGGAGGUGUUCGACAUGGAUACAGACAGAGCUCUGAUGAAGGAUGGAUCGCCACCUUGGUAUAUUGGAUGGAGUAACUGCGACCUAUCGGCAGCCAAUACCCUGAGGACUCACUAUAAGCGACCUUACUUUCUCCCCCCUGUCGCCGAGUCCAGCAAGACGGACUGGAUCUUCAUGGGCAGUCCCGGGUAUGGAGCCCACAUGCAUAUAGACGCGGUGGAGCAUCCCUCGUGGCAGGCCCAGAUUACCGGCACCAAGCUCUGGACCCUGGAGCCUCCCCCAGAGUGUUACUUCCAAUGUCCCAAGACUGUCCAAGUGGUCGUCAAGCCAGGGGAAAUCAUUGUCUUGGAUACCAAUCGGUGGUACCACUCCACCCUCAAUGUGGGGACAGACAUCAGUAUUACAAUUGGAUCGGAGUAUGACUAGAAAUUACCAUAUAGUACUACAUGUAUAAACCUCACAUAAACGAAUAAAACAGUUAAAACAGA